GGGGACUUGAAACUAGGGCAGAGCAGUCUGGCCCCUUUCCCUUCGAACCAGAGGCACAGAUUUACGACAGGGGGGAGAGAAGACACUGGUCUUAGGCGGAGAGGGAAAAAGAAAAGAGAUUUUUUAGGAAGCUUGCUGCAGUCACUGAGGAAAGAAGCCUUUGGGACACAGACCAUCAUGCACAAGCGCACAAAGAUAAAGAUUGCCAUCUUCGUGCUGCUGGUGGGUAUGGCUUGUAUGUUCACAGCGGUGGUAACGGACCACUGGGCAGUUCUCAGCCCACGGGUGGAGAAACUCAAUGAGACCUGCGAGGCAGCCCACUUUGGCCUGUGGAGGCUGUGCAAGAAGCACAUCUACAUCAGCUCGGAAAACUACGUCGAGGGGCAUGGCUGCGGACCCAUCAGCCUGCCUGGAGAGGAAAACUGCACGUACUUCAGGCACUUCACUCCAGGGCAGGAUGCUGAGAUAUUUGAAUACAAAACACAAAAAGAGUACAACAUCUCCGCUGCAGCCAUCUCCAUCUUCAGUCUGGCCUUCAUUAUCUUGGGGUCUCUCUGUUUGGUGGGAUCAUGUACCGGUAAAGGCAAAGGAAGAGACUAUCUCCUCAAACCUGCUGGCAUGUUCUUCGCAUUUGCAGGACUGUGUUCCUUCAUCUCACUGGAGGUGAUGCGUCAGUCAGUCAAGCGCAUGAUCGAGAGCGAGGACACGAUCUGGAUCGAAUACUACUACGCCUGGUCCUUCGCUUGUGCCUGCGUGGGCUUUGUCCUCCUCUUUCUCUGCGGCAUCGCCCUCCUGAUCCUCUCCAUGCCCCAGAUGCCCAGGAAUCCAUGGGAGACAUGCAUGGACGCUGAGCCGGAUCAAGCAGAGUGAUAGCUAGACAAGACAGAUUCAGUAAAUGCAGGAUGUGAGCGGCUGUGUCUUUUGUUUUUAAGUACAGAUGUUAGAGAUUCAUUUCAAGAACAAGAGGCCCAUAAAAAGCCACCCAUAAGGAACUGGUUCUUGUGUGGAUCAACCAUAGCCAUGAUGGUAAAUUUACCUUUACCGACCAUAAUACGGUGACUUGAACAUGGGCAGUUUCAUAUGUUUGCCUUAUCCUGUAUGUCCAAUCAGAGUGUAAAAAUAAACAACACCUCCUGGUUCAUGAUGGAGAUCAGGACUCAAAUCUGACCUGUGGCUUUAAAACAACUAUGCUUCACAGAAAGAGCAAGAUAAAUACAAUUUGUAAUAGUACUUUUAGUACGCUUACUUUUUUCCCUCUACAACACAAUAUUGCUCACAUGUCACUGUUACAUGACCCUGGUCUGGUUUGGUCCACCAAAUGUCAUCAUUAUGCAGUUCAAAAAAUAUACGUCAUAUUUUAGAUUUAUAUGCAUUUUGAGAAUAUAGUGCAUACAGUUGUAUGUCCUAUAUAUGUGCUGCAUUAUGUAUGAUAUCUUGUACAUAUCUAAUGUUUGUCUGUUAUUUUUUGUAUGGGAUCACUCAAGGAAUCACUUACUUACAAGGAAUGGCAAUUAAGUAAGAGAGCUCAAGAUAUAUAUAUAUGUACUGUAUAUUAAAAUGUUAAGUUGUGUAUUUAUAAAAAUUUAUAAUGAAAAUUUAACGAUAAGAUAUCUAUUACAUUACAAAGUUCUUGGGUAAAUUAAUGAUUUAGAGAAGAAUACAAGCACAAAGCAGGGUUGUGUGUGCGUGUGUGUGUGUGUGUGUGUGUGUGUGUGUGUGUCAGACUGAAUGCUAAACACCCGCACAGUCUGCAGCAAUGAUCAUGUUGGAAAAGGUUCAGUUCUAGCAGGUGCACAUACAAGGCCUUUUACUUUUUCCCCAAACCGAACUGAAAAAAAUAAAAUAAAAAAAAAUAAAAAGAAAAUCACAUUUUCACGUGUCACGACCUAUUUGAUACGUGUUGCAAAUUGGUUUUUAUCCUCCAUGUUACUAGUAGAGAGAACUAUGGGGUUUUUAUGAGGUUCAUGAAAGGACAGAACAUUCAGACUUGAAGACUUGCAAAAAAAACCCUCAAAAAACAUCAUGCUGUUUUGUUUUAGAACUAAAAGAAAAUGCGACACAUGGCUUGUUUGAGCUGCUUUGGUUCAGUUGGGUUUGAGAAGCAGUAUCACCUGUAGGCCUCCACAGUGCAACCGAGACCGUGCGACAUAACAAUCAACAUCAACAGCUGUUCAGUUGGUGCAGCAGAGAGUUUAGAAAUGUGUCAUGAUAGAAAAUGCUGUGAAAUUUCAGGCUCUGCAUGUUUUUUCUGUAUGAUCUCGAGGUUGCGUUGUAUUGUACAUAGCAGCUGUGGGUAUUCUGACACACUUUAAGUCUCUGAAUCAGACAUUUGUUUAUACUCGGCAUUGCCCAUGAAAUACAGGUGAGCAGUUCUGCAGUUAACAGAGUUUUUGUGCAGAACCUGGUGUAACGUCAAGGUGGAUUUCACCGCUCUGUUAUGCAGUAAAUAGCUUGUGAGAGCUGCAAAGCAUCCAUGCCUUGAGCUUGUUCAGGACAAAAGUCCAGUUAGUUUAUUUCUUAAUACAUAUUGUUUGACUUGAUUGUGACUUUCGCUUGAAACAAUUAGGUAAAAGACGGUAAAAUCAGCAGUAAUGGCGACUGCUAACAUGAACUUUGUACGUUCUUAGUCUUUCUUACUUUGUCUUGCAAUGAAAUAAGUUUUGGAAUGCAGUAGAUCUCGUGUGUUUGUUUGUUAUAUGCUAUAACUUUGUAAUGAAAAUUAAAUCUUGAAAAGCUC